AUGACGAACAGUGAUCGCCUGGCAUUGAAAGACCUUAUGGAACGUAUUUCUAUAUGUGAGAAAACUAUAUUAAUCCUUAUCACCUUUGGUACACUUUUUGGAAAUACCCUGGUCUUGAUUGUGACCUGGAGAGACAGAAGUCUUCAUCAACCAAACAAGUAUUUCAUUGCCUUACUGGCUGUCGCUGAUCUCAUGGUGGGCCUAUUCGUUGAGCCGUUCAAUGCAUACCAUUUGAUGCAUAUAUCGCUGGAAAAAACGUCAAUACACGCGUGUCGUUUUAUGGUGUGGAUAGAUACAUUUGCCCUAACAGCGUCCAUUUAUACUCUGUCAUUAAUAAGUGCUGACCGAUACCUCAAAAUCAGCAAGCCGUUUCAGUACAAAUCAAUAAUGACAACUUCAAGAUCUUUGAAAAUUAUUGCUGUCGUUGUGUUUAUUUCAAUUUCCUUUGCCAUAUUCUCCGCCACCCCUCGUUCAGGAAGCUUGGGAAUUUUGAGCACCGGGAUCGAUUCGUGCAAUUUCGCCAUUGACUUGAAUGCAGUCAAAAUAUUUCACCUUUUCAUGUCGAUCAGUUUGUUUUUUCUGCCGGCAUUAAUCAUCCUGAUAAUGUACGCUCUCAUUUUUCUCGUUGCUCAUAAACGAAACAAGAUGCUCGCGAGAGGGGAGUUGGGUCAAACAACCAACACUCAAAGCCAACGAACUGCACUACGUAAAGAUGUGAAAGUGAUUAAGAUGUUGUUAAUUGUUGCUGGAGUUUUCAUAUGUUGCUGGGGUCCGAUUCAUAUCUGGAUGUUACUGUGGUUUUACUAUCCAAAUUUUAGCGUUUGGAAUACCGCUUCAUUGAGCUACUGGAAAGGUUAUUUCGUCAUUGCGUUCAUAGUACGCACACUUCCGCUGCUUAACAGUCUAUUCAAUCCAAUAAUCUAUGCCUGUCUCGACAAAACCUACAGGGAUGCUUUCAAACAUCUUUUUCAGCGAAUGAUUUGCCAUUUGACUAUGCAAGACAACGGGCGUCAAUAG